AUGGAGGAUUCGGGUCCUAAUUCACCAUUAGAAUCUGAACAAUCAAAUCAACCUACUCAUGCUAAUAAAAAUAAUAAAAGAGGGCGACCUAAAAACCUACUUUGGAAUGAUCAUUUUACAGAAAUUAAUCGUCAAGAAGGUGGUCACAGAGGUUGGAAAUGUAACUAUUGUAAUGAUGAAAAUUCACGUGCAUCAGAUAUGAAUAUGAACACACAUUUAGCUUUAACUUGUCAAAGCGUACCACUUAAUAUUAGACAAGAUUGUUUACGAAACUUUCCAGCACCAAAUAAAAGAAAAAAAAUUGUACAUGAUAUUGUUAGUGGUUCGCAACCAUGA